UUGAGGUUGAAAAAUCAUUGUUUUUUUUAUGCAUUGAGCAUUGAGCAUUGAGCAUUGAGCAUUGAGCAUUGAGCAUUGAGCAUUGAGCGCUGAGAGGUGUUCCACCGCGACAGAGAGAAGAAUCCAUUGAUGCUCUUAGCCCUUCUUCCAAUUUUGGAUAUAAACAAACCUGGUCUUUACUUUGAAUUUUGAACUUUGAACUCCUUUUCUUUCCCUUCUUUUUUUUAAAGAAACACAUUCUUGUAAGCAAAGUAAUUGGGUUCGUGUCCUUUCUCCUGCUUUUCUCCUGCCGGUGCCGGUGGGUCGGGGCCAUUUUUCGAGGUCCGACAGACCCUGCUGCCUGAUCGUCUCUUUCGUCUCUUCACUCCUGCUUCCGCUCUUCUAACACGACUCAGACUGAUAAUAGCUAACCGGCUGCCCAUCAACAUGCUCAAACCAACUGAAGAGGUGGGUAAAGAGGAAAAUAGGAGGCUUGAAGCAAGUGAGAAUAAUGAAUAUGUAAGGCUAGUCAUAGCUAGUGAACCAAGUCCUUUGGAAUCAGAGAUUCUACAGCUUCAUGAUAAAUCGAAAAGCGAAUCAUCCUUCAAGUGGUGGAUCAAAGUCUCCCUAUGGUGCAUUAUUAUUAUAGUAUUUCUUCUUGCUUUCUUCAAGUGGGGAGUGCCAUUUCUUUUUGAGAAGGUCAUCCUUCCAAUUAUGAAGUGGGAAGCUACUGCCUUUGGUCGACCCAUGCUUGCACUAACGCUAGUGGCUUCUCUGGCAUUAUUUCCAGUAUUUUUUAUUCCUUCUGGCCCUUCAAUGUGGUUGGCUGGGAUGAUUUUUGGCUAUGGAUUUGGGUUCAUUAUAAUAAUGGUUGGAACAACAAUUGGGAUGGUCCUGCCAUAUUUAAUUGGAUUAUUUUUCCGGGAGCGCAUUCAUGGAUGGUUGAUGAGGUGGCCGCAAAAAGCAGAAAUGCUUAGGCUUGCUGGGGAGGGGAGUUGGUUUCGUCAAUUCCGAGUUGUCGCACUCUUUAGGGUUUCACCAUUUCCGUACACUAUUUUCAAUUAUGCAAUUGUGGUAACAAGCAUGAGGUUUUGGCCCUAUUUGUGUGGGUCAAUUGCAGGAAUGAUACCAGAGGCUUUCAUUUACAUCUACAGUGGUCGGUUAAUGAGGACACUAGCAGACGUUCAAUAUGGAAAGCAUCACCUGACGACUGUUGAGAUUGUGUAUAAUGUCAUCUCCUUCAUCAUUGCGAUCAUCACUACGGUUAUUUUCACUGUUUAUGCAAAAAGGACGCUGAACAACCUUCAAAGGGCAGAAGAUGAUGGAAAGUAUUCAACCUCCCUCCCUGGCAAUUUUGAGGUCGAGAGUCUUUCCCACGGAAGAUCUCCUAUCAAUGUUAUGAAGGAAGAUAGAGCAGUUGAAGAAGUGGUAGCCCAGAUUACCCACAAAAUAAGAGUUGCUGGAAUACUUGAUAAGGUGGAAAGGCCUCCUAACCAAAGAGAUCAGUUUAGAGGGUGAAGAAGACGUAGAGGUUGAUCUGAUUGAAAGCAUCAAUCAACGAGGAAUUCAACUAACUUGGAGAAUGAUGUGGGUAUGCUUGUCUAGAGGUAUAUUAUAGAUGCCUUUGGCACCAAGCUCUAGACAUCUUCCUUCAUAUAUUGAUGCCAUAUAGUUAAUUUGUAGUCUGUAUAUAUAGAGUUGGAGCAAGUGACUUGGCUUCUCCUCACCUUAGCACGUCUACUCUUACUGUAUACAGAUGCAAGGUGCAUAGAAAUGUACUAUAAGAGGGUGUAAGUAAUCGUCAUACUGAUUGCCCUGACCUAUAAUGUAGUUCAAUUGCUAUCAAUCAAACUGCACUUUCCCUUGCCAUCUACCAGGGAGGAGUUGUUUUCGAA